CAGGUCAAGGAAUGGACUCUGAAAGCGGGACUUGGAGGUUUUGACAUCAACAAGAAGGGAACUCCUGAAGGAGAUAUGAAAGUGCCAGAAUCCCUGGGCAUCGUUGUUGGCACUGUGCACAUGAUAUGCGUCAUCAUCUUCCAAGUCUACUACUACACAGUGGCGGAUGCAGCUUCAGUGUGGAAGGUGAAGCUCGAAGAGUACAACGCUGCCCUUGCCGCUACCAUCUUCAUGAUGUUCCUGGGGUUUGCCGACGAUGUUCUCGACCUGCGCUGGAGAUACAAACUGAUCCUCCCAACCAUCGCCUCCCUUCCCCUCCUCAUAUCUUACGCGGGGUCGACCACCGUGAUACUCCCCAAUCCGCUCGCUGCCAUCUUUGGCCGUGUCGUUGAGUUGGGGAUCCUAUACAAGGUCUACAUGUGCCUCCUUUCAGUCUUCUGCUCCAACAGCAUCAACAUCCUUGCGGGGAUCAACGGACUGGAGGUUGGGCAAUCUUACAUCAUAGCGUGUGCUGUGAUCAUACACAACCUGAUGCAGCUUUCAUCUGAGUCGGGCGCUGCUCAUCUCUUCUCCAUCUUCUUUCUCAUCCCCUUCGUCGCAACCUCUCUUGCUCUCCUCAAGCACAACUGGUUUCCUUCGCGCGUUUUUGUCGGAGAUACCUUUUGCUACUUUGCUGGGAUGACAUUUGCAGUCGUCGGGAUUCUCGGUCAUUUUUCGAAGACUCUCCUCCUCUUCUUCAUCCCGCAGCUGAUCAACUUCAUCUACUCUCUUCCACAGCUCCUUGGGAUCGUUUUCUGUCCUCGCCAUCGUCUUCCCCGUUACAACCUCAAGACAAAACUUCUCGAAGGACAGAAAGAAAAUCUCAACCUGGUUAACCUGACUCUUCUUAUCUUCGGCCCCAUGAGUGAAAGAAGUCUGUGCGUCGUUCUUCUUGCCUUCCAGAUUCUCUGCUGCAUGCUCGCCUUUGCUAUCCGCUACUCUCCCGUCGCUGUUUUAUUCUACGAAGAUUAA